AUGGCCAAGAGAAACUGGACGGAACUCCCAGACGACAUCACGGCGGUGAUAAUUUCACGGCUGCCAGUCAUCGACGUCUUAACGAGCGCUCAGAUUGUGUGCAUGAAGUGGCAUAAAAUCUGCAAUGAGCCUCUGGCGUGGCGCACCAUCGCCAUGCAUGGUCACAAUCCCGCUACGUUUGACAAAAUGUUUAAGAUGUGCCGGCAUGCCGUGGAUCGUAGCUCUGGUAAUUUGGUCAAUAUCAGUCUCGGAUACUUCUGUAACGAUGAUCUCCUCGAGUAUAUCACUAACAGAGACAAACUUCACAAACUACAUGAUGUAUCACCAAUAGGAAUGAAAUUUGUUCGAUAUGUAUUUCUUUGUGUAAUGGCUAACAUACAACUUCAUCGUAAUCCUUCUAAUAGUUCAAAGAAAAUAAGGCGCAUCCUACUUACGGGUUGCCGUAGCAUAUCAGAUAAAGGGUUGAGUAGAGUGGCCUCAGAACUUCCUUUGUUAGAGGAGUUUGACAUUUCCUUUUGCGAAGGGAUCUCACAUAAAUCCUUCCAAGCAGUUGGCCGCUCAUGCCCUCUCUUGAAAUCAUUCAAGUUGAACAAAUGCGGGCUGGCGAAGCAGUUGGCCGCUCGUACCCCUGACGAGAUUCGUCGCUUCUUUUUUGAGUAUGCAGACGAAGAUGCACUUGCUAUAGCAGGAGCAAUGCACGGAUUACAGCACCUCCAACUUGUUGGGAAUCCACUUUCUGUUAUGGGAUUGCAGAAAAUUCUUUAUGGUUGCCCUCAUCUUAAGUCACUUAAACUGCGCUGGUGUUCAAAUAUUAAUGUAGCGACCCAAGUUUUAGAAGAAGAUGUGCUGCACAAAUUAAGAAGUUUAGAAUAUUCCCAAUUUACUGAUGACAAGGAUUUGUUCUCAAGAAGUUUGACGGACUUUGUUUGA